AUGGAGGUCACUGUUAAGGGGAUCUAUUUGCCUUACAUGGUGGAGCCUUUCAGCUUCAAGGAUGUGUCUGUGAAAUUUUCCAAGGAGGAGUGGGCUUUGCUGGAUCAUUCUCAGAAGAGUUUCUACAGAGAUGUAAUGCUGGAAACCUUUAGCAACUUCAGCUGUAUAGGUACAAAAUGGACAGACCUGAACAGGAAUGAUCAGCACAAAAAUUCUCAGAAAAAUCUCAGGAUCCUGCUUCCCUGUGGAGUAGUUCCAGCAUACCCAUCCUUUGUUGCCUGUUGAUCUCUUCUGACUGUAAGUACUUUCAGGGCAAAAUGUGUCUAGUAUCAGAUGAAAACAUGGAGUAAAUGCACUUGGAAUUUUGAGUGUAGUAUCUGGAAGUAUUGCCCAAUGUAGAAGAGUGGCUCGAAUGACACCCCCUCCCCUUAAGAAGUGACACCCAUUUAAAAACAUUCUGAAGUUGACAUUACUGUAGGUCAAGGUUCUAAGACCCUCUAAUCAUUGAAUCACAAUCAUAUGAGGAGGCAUCAGGGAGAAGGUAACAAGGACCUGGUAUGAAAAGAUGGCCACUGGGUUUAAUUUAGGAGCUCAGUAACCAGUGUGGCUGUUACUGAAGCACCCAGACCCUGGCUGGUCAUGCUCCAAGGUAGUACUGGGUGAUGAGGGACUUGAAAUCUAUGCUGAAGUAGUGCCCUGGUGUUACCAGGCAAAUGGCCUCUCAAACCCUGGGAGCUAUCCCUUAUGCU